AUAGCCUGAGUUGGGGUUUUGAAGGUUAGGAUAAUCGAAAUAAUUCACAACCAUGGCCACAGCAAUGAGAAAAGAGUUCCUGAAGUCAAAGAAAAUGAUACAUCCAAAUAGUAGAAAGUCUAUCGCUAUUACGAAAAAAGCCAAGAAAAUAUCAAAUAGACAGAAAGGAAAAAUGUCCCGCUUGAUAAAACAGAAUUUAAUAGGAGAAAAAAUGUUGUGGAUCAGAAACAAUAUGAUUCCAGGUGUGUGUCCCUAUACUCCAGAGUUAACUGCAAGUUUGUUAGAAACGUACAUAGCAAGAAAUGAUAAAGAAAUGGAACAAAUUGCUAUUAAAAGAUCUAUAGGUAGCAAUAGGAGUAGACAGCAUGCUAGCAGGGAAAAUAUAAUUAGAAUAACCAAGGAGAGAGAACAAGAAGAAUAUGAUACAUGUGGAAUAGAAAUUCCUGAUAUUUUAAAUGCAACUCAGUGUAAAAUGUUAAUGAAUUGGAAUAAUGACUUACAGUGCGUGAAUAAUUUUAAAUUUAUAAGGUUUGGUAAGAAUGAUUUAAACAAAGCAUUAGUGCUAAAAGAAAGAAAGCAAAUAGCUAUGCCUGUAAACAAGAAGAAUUUAUUAAGUAAGUCAGUUGAUUCAAAUGAAAAUAAUCAAUCGACAGAAUGUGUAAUGGAAACAGAAUAAAUUCUGUAGAUAUA